AUGUCUAAAAUUAAAAAUUCUUUGUUUGAUAGUAUCUUUUUAGAAACGCAUAGCGAAUUGGAAACUUUAAACGAUGAACUAAACGAGCUUUAUGAAGUUUAUCAGACUAAUAAUUUAAAGGAUGAUAGUGAUAGCGACGAUGAUAUAGAUAACAAGGACGAAAGUAUAACAUCCGAAGAAGGUCAAGAAGAUAAUGUAAAUGACAAUAUAACAUUCGAAGAAGAUCAAGAAGAUGAUGCUGAGAGUAGUAUUUUUAAAAUGAAUGUGCCUGUUUCGUCUUUUGUUGCUUUGUUGACAACUUGGUGCCACUUGCUUAUUGGCUUGCUAAUUAGACAAUCA